GGACAACAUUGUUUCAAAAUUAUAGUUUGCUUCACGCCAUUGCAACACAUUGCCUUUAAACAUGCUUCUCUUCUAUUCAUUGCUUUAAUUUUAGUUUCCUACACCCUAACAAUGCCAAAAUUACUAUUCCUCUUCCCUAUCCUCUUCUUCCUUUUCCUCCGACCACACCAUGCGGCGGAGGAUUUUGUCCGUCAGCCUGCACGACCCCUUGUUUUCACUCCUCAUAAUCGUCCACAGUCUCAUCCUCAACAGGUGCAUGUGUCAUUGGUUGGAGACAAUUACAUGAAGGUUUCAUGGGUAACCGACGAAAACGGUGUGCCAUCUACAGUCGAGUAUGGGAAACUUCCGGGGAAAUAUGAGUCAUCAGCCACCGGAGAACACACAUCCUACCGUUAUUUCUUCUAUAGUUCCGGGAAAAUUCACCAUGUCACAAUCGGACCACUAGAUCCGGCCACCACGUAUUACUACAGAUGUGGUGGCUCCGGCCCCGAGUUUAACUUCCGGACACCGCCGGCCACGUAUCCCAUUGAGUUUGUUCUCGCCGGUGACCUUGGUCAGACUGAAUGGACGAACACCACUUUAGAACAUAUUAAUGCAAGAAACUACGACGUUUUGCUCCUCCCCGGCGACCUAUCUUAUGCAGAUACACAACAACCACUUUGGGAUUCAUUCGGACGUUUGGUGGAGCCAUAUGCUAGCCGUAGGCCAUGGAUGGUGACCCAAGGGAACCAUGAACAAGAAAUAUUUCCGAUGAUCUACCCAAAAGGAUUCAAAGCCUAUAAUUCGCGUUGGCCCAUGCCAUAUAAAGAAAGUGGCUCGGAAUCAAACCUAUAUUACUCAUUUGAUGUAGUGGGAACUCACGUCAUUAUGUUAGGUUCUUAUGCUGAUUUUGGUCCUGAUUCUGAUCAAUAUAAGUGGUUGGCUAAUGACUUGGCUAAAAUUGAUCGAUCAAGAACACCGUGGGUGGUGGUGCUCCUCCAUGCACCAUGGUAUAAUUCGAAUUUGGCCCAUCAAGGAGAAGGUGAAAGCAUGAGACUAGCUAUGGAAGAAAUGCUGUAUAACUCGCGUGUUGACAUGGUUUUUUCAGGCCAUGUUCAUGCAUACGAACGUUUUACUAGGGUUUAUGAUAACAAUGCUGAUCCAUGUGGUCCGAUGUACAUAACGAUUGGAGAUGGGGGGAAUAGAGAAGGCUUGGCCAUGUUAUACAAAGAACCUAAGCCUGUAAUAUCAUUAUUUCGGGAAGCAAGCUUUGGACAUGGUCGAUUGAGAAUAAUGAACGACACUCAUGCUCAUUGGUCAUGGAAUCGCAACGAUGACUCUUCGAAUGUUGUGGCCGAUGGUAUUUGGCUGGAAAGUUUGAGAUCUUCGUGCUCAUGUGCGCCCAAAAUGGAACAAAAAAUGGAACAUACAUCCGGGAAAGAUGAGCUUUGAGCGAUUUAAUUACCAUAUGAUCAUAUAUCAUUUCUAUGUGGUCUAGUGUUAACUUUCUUAGUUUAAGAUAAAAUAGAGUUUCUUCAGCAAUGGUUGAAAAUGUAUACAUGUUGAUAUUUUAAUUAAAAAAAUGAGUAUUCAUUUUACAAAA